CAGCUGUUGCAUGCAUGACAAUCACCACUGAAGACUGAAGAUCGACGACCCAAAAGGAAAGUUUAGCCUAAAUUUAAUGAAUUUCAACCUUAUAAAUGAAUGAGCCAGGAAUAAUUCGAAAACUGAGUGAAGAAGUUGUGAACCGUAUUGCUGCUGGUGAAAUAGUGCAAAGACCAGCUAAUGCAUUAAAAGAACUUAUAGAAAACAGCUUGGAUGCCAAAUCAACUAACAUCAUUAUUACAGUGAAGUCUGGUGGUUUGAAGUUCUUACAGAUACAGGACAAUGGGACAGGUAUAAGAAAUGAAGACUUAGGUAUAGUAUGCGAGAGAUUCACAACAUCUAAACUCAGAAAAUAUGAGGACUUACAAGAAAUCAGUACCUACGGAUUUCGUGGAGAGGCUCUCGCGAGUAUCAGUCAUAUUGCACACCUUACAAUAUUGACAAAAACUGCACAAGACAAAUGUGCUUACAAAGCCUCAUAUGAAAAUGGAAAACUGAAAGGCCCCAUAAAAGCUUGUGCUGGCAACAACGGCACUCAGAUAACCGUUGAAGAUUUAUUUUAUAAUGUUGUGGCACGUAAAGGGGCAUUGCGUAGUCCUACAGAAGAAUACACGCGUUUAAUGGAAGUGGUCGGAGGAUAUGCUAUACAUAAUAGUCAAGUUGGAUUUACUUUGAAAAAAUUCAGUGAGAAUACUGACUUGAAAACAGCGAUGAAAUCAUCUGUCAUAGAAAAUGUUAGAAUUAUUUAUGGUAACACAAUAGCAAGAGAGCUGAUAGAGGUUGAAAUUUUGGAUGCAAACUUGAAGCUGUCGAUACAUGGAUACAUUACAAACGUUAAUUAUUCCAAUAAGAAAGGGAUACUGCUCCUGUUCAUCAAUCAUAGGCUUGUGGAUUCACAGGCAAUAAGAAAAGCCGUGGAUUCUGUUUAUUCAACAUAUUUACCAAAAAACUCACACGCAUUUGUAUACUUGAGCAUUGAAUUAGAUCCGAAAAACGUGGACGUCAACGUUCAUCCAACGAAACACGAAGUUCAGUUUCUUUACGAGGAGCAAAUCGUCGAGAAGAUCAAGACGUGCAUCGAAACGAAACUCUUGGGCUGUAGCUCCACGCGCGUGCUGUACACGCAGGCCCGCCUCCCCGGCGCCGCCCAGCCCAGGGACGUCGCGGACCAGCCCACGGACGCGGCAAAAACUUCCGCCGCACACAUGGUACGCGUCAACCCUAACGUCCAGAAGAUCGACAAGUUCUUUGAACUUGAACCAAAUAAAACGAAUCAACUCACUAGAGAUAAUGCGAGUGCAGUAGUAAAUGAUGUAGAUCAACAACAGAAAAUACCUAGUGAACAAGACUUGAACAAUUCUAUAGUAAAAGAGCCAGCAGAAGAUAAUAAAGUACAAGAGAAAUGGAAACAGUAUACUGAGGUGGGCCAAGCCAAUAUUACGUACGUAGACCCUAAAGAUUCCUUCAAGACUAGAACGUUUCAAUACCAGAGGAUAGAAACGAAACUGACGAGCGUAAAACAGCUCAGAUUAGAAGUGGAGAACAAUUGUAACUCAAAUCUAAGGGAAAUCUUGGCUAAUUUAAUAUUCAUAGCCUGUAUAGAUUGUCACAAGUCAUUAAUACAGCACUCUACGAAACUGUAUCUUUGUGAUACGACAAGAUUGACGGAGGAAUUGUUUUACGAGACAUUACUAUACGAUUUUCAAAACUUCGGUUUCAUCAAACUGUCGAAUCCAUUGCCAUUGGAAGAAUUAUUUGUUCUUGGUCUGAACGGGAGCACUCAAAACUCCGAACAGGAUUCUGAGCUCGGAGAUACAGGAGAAAUGGCUCAACAUAUGACCCAAUUAUUAUUGAGCAAACGCGCAAUGCUCUACGAAUAUUUUUCUCUGGAAAUAAAUGGAAAUGGAGAAUUAUUGGCCCUACCGUUACUUUUGGAUGGUCACGUUCCGUUCGUGGGUGCUUUACCGACGUAUUUAGUCCGUCUCGUUACCGAAGUCAAUUGGGAUUCUGAAAAGGAGUGCUUUGAGACUUUCUGCAGACAGACGGCCAAGUUUUAUGCCCAACCUAAUCCGGAUCCUAAUGCCGAGAGCGUGUCGUCGGAGCACAGGAGACAAGAGCACGUGAUAUUCCCGGCCAUAAGAAAAUAUUUCCUACCGCCAAGUAGUUUUGUAAGUAAUGGAGCUAUACUGCAAAUAGCUAGUUUAAAUGAUUUGUAUAAGGUUUUUGAACGUUGUUGAUGUAUUAUGUCGAAUGAAGAAUGCGUUUGUGUUUUUGUUG